CAAACCAACCAAGAUGGCGGAUGUUUAGAGAUGUGGAGCGAAAAACAUCUAAUAUGAACAACACUUUACUGCACAGUCUGAUCACUAAAGGACUAUAAGACUGAUAACUAGAAUCAGGAAGCCAUAAACAUGUCAGUCAGGCACAUUGGCCUCACGCCAAGGACUCCACCACUUAGCCCUGCACAUACCAAUCGCAGCUUUGCCUUUAACCAUCCACCUCCUCUUCCUCCUCCUCCUCAAACCUCUCCCACUUCUACUACCACUCUCAAUCUACUUGAAAGUAGGACAAAGAAGCCGCAUGAAACAUCUCCUGGAGAUCCAAAACUACUUGCUUCUUUAAGGCCAACAGAAGUCACUAAAGAAGUACAAGAUUCAGGAAGCAUUCAAAAACCUUGCCCCCCUCCCCCUCCCCCUCCACUACCACUACCACUUGGUAAUAAUGAAGGUUUCCCACCACCACCACCACCACCUCCACCACCUCCAAUCUUCAUGAUAGGGGGAGCCCACCAUUUGCCACCUCCACCUCCACCCCCACCAGUACCUGGAGGAGUCCCUAUGCCUCCACCCCUGCCAUCAUCAGUACCUAUGCCUCCACCUAUUGGAGGCAUGAGACAUGCUACUGCUGCUGCUCAAGUCUGCAGAAAAAAGCCUAUCAAACCUAAUAAACCGAUGAAGCCACUUUUUUGGAAGAGAAUCCAACUUCAAGAAAACAAACUAUCGCUUUCAUCCUCUAAAUUCUUGUGGAAAUCCUUGAAAGAGCCAAAAAUUGAUACGGAAGAGUUUGAAAAUGCCUUUUCUAAGGUUGAGAGAAAGAAGGAAGAAGAAAAGUCCAAAUCUAAGCCAUCAAACAAAGCAAAACAAAAAGUAGUACAUUUGUUGGAUAGUAAAAGAUCUCAAGCAGUUGGAAUAUUAAUGAGUACUUUACAUGUAAACAUCAGUGAGAUUGAAGAGACACUCUACAAAAUGGAUACUUCAUUGCUUGAUUAUGAGAAUCUACAGUCCUUGUAUGAAAUCAGAGCAACUAAGGAAGAACUAAGUUGCAUUGAGAUGCAUCUUCAGGAAAACCCAAAUGACAUUCUUGACAGGCCUGAGCAGUUUCUUUUUGAUGUCUCAAAGAUUACUUGCUAUGAAGAAAGGUUGUCUUGCAUGAUCUCAAGAACUUCAGUGUCAGAUUCUUUACUAGAGGUUGGAGAGACUUUGACUAAUUUUCGUCUCGUUUGUGAGGACUUGCAAACAAACAAGGAUGUUCAUUCUAUUCUGGGUAUCAUAUUGGCCUUUGGCAACUACAUGAAUGGAGGGAACAUGUCUCGUGGGCAAGCAGACGGAUUUGAGUUAGAUAUCCUGACAAAGCUUAAAGAUGUAAAAUCUAAAGAUCACACAUUUACUCUGAUGCAUUACUUGGUUCAAGUCUAUCUGGAUAUGUAUGACAAGAAUGCUGGUACAUUGUCAUCUAAGUUUCCACUCCCUGAACCAUCAGAUCUACAAAAAGCUUCACAACUAAGCUUUGAUGACAUAACAACAGACCUUAAAAACCUGGAUAAAAAACUUGCAGACUGUGAAGUGAAGGUUACUAAAGUCCUGAAAGAAUCUGAGAAGAAACAGCCCUUUAAGAAAAUCAUGAAACAAUUCCUGGAUCAAAGCAGAGGCGAUCUGAAAGAACAGUUUCAAGCACUUGAGGAAUGCAAGAAAAAGUUUUCCCAUCUUUUGGAAUUCUUCUACCAAAGACAUGUAUCAUUAACACCACCAGAAUUUUUUGAGGUUUGGUCAAGAUUCAGUGCUGACUUCAAAGUCCUUUGGAAGAAAAGACAACAGCUUCUUGCAAAGCAAAUGUAUGAAAAAACAAAGAAGAGGCUGAGAGAAGAAAAAGUUGAGAGUAUAUCAAAGAAACCAAUAUCAUUGACUGGAUUGAAGUUGAAGCUAGCAGCAUCUAACAAGAAGUCAGCCCCAAAAUAGCAAGGUUUAUUUCAGGUUCUUCAUAUUAUAAUCUACUUGCAAUGUACUAUACAAUACUUACUAGUCCAAUCCACUUUAUUCUCAUAGCAUACAUCUGAUUUUCUCAUGUUCUUUUUCUUUAACAGCAAGUUUCUUCACAGCCAAAAGUAAUGGUAUUAUUUGUCAUAAAACAUUUUGUUUGGAAUCACAUAGUGUGCAUGAGCUAAGUUGUAUUACUUUUGGCUAAAGAAACAUUUACUAAGUUUAAAAUUAAGACAUCAAUAAACAAUACUAACUGUUUGCCUUGAGGGCAGAAAAAAACUUUGGAGUCAGAAAGAGAACCUUGAAUCAACUUAGCUCACAUGGUGUGACUAUGGGAUUCGAAGUCCAGACCACAGGGCUGAGAGAUGAGCAUCAGUUUUACCAACACACCAUCCUGACCCCUCAGGCUGUUAGUUUUGUCUUAGGCUUAGGUCAAAAAUUGCUAUGUUAACAAGGCUACAGUUAUGCUCUUAUACACAUGUGCUAGCUGGUCCAGCAGGUAGAUAGAGUAAUGUACAGAGAGCAAUUCUAGAUAAUUUGAAGGGGAAUAUCCAUAAUCAUAUUUAAAUAUUUUGGGAGUUGGUUAAGAAUUAGUGUCAGCAAUUUUAAAUCGUAUUUAUUCAAAAUAUUAAUAGUUGGGAGAGUAUUAUAGAUGAAUGAAAAUGAAGCAUUUGUUAACGAGAGCUGGCUUUGUUGAUGUUGCUCAUAAAAUCCAUAAGUUAUAUUAAAUAGAUAAUCCUAAAAAUUAUAAAUUUAAAAUAAUGAAAAUAAGUGAGUCACUUUAUAGGGGAAAAGUUUGGUCAUAAAUAUUUGUUUGGUUUAUCAUUAUACAAAGGUAUUUAUUAAAUUAUAUCAAUUAUU